AUGUCUGAAACUGAACAACAACAAGCUCCGGUCGAAGAACCAGUCGCUGCUCCAGUAGAAUCUGUUUCUGUCCCAGUCAGUGAAGAACCUGCUGCUGAAGCCCCAGUCUCAGCUCCAAGUGAACCUGCUGAUGAUCCAAUGGAUGGUGCUUCCGAAGAUAUUCCUCCACAAUCUGAAGAAGAGCAACAACAACAGCCAGAACAACAACAAGCUCCAGUAGACAACCAAAGCCAAUAUCACAACGGUUCUCGCCCAGAACCUCAACCAUACUAUCAACCACCAAUGCAUGCUAACAACCAAGUUGAAGAAUUAUCUACAACAAGAUUAUUUGUUAGACCUUUCCCAUUUGAUGUCCAAGAAUCCGAAUUAAACGAAAUUUUUGCUCCAUUUGGUGCUAUGAAAGAAGUAAAAAUCCUAAAUGGUUUUGCAUUUGUUGAAUUCGAAGAACCAGAAUCUGCUUCCAAAGCUAUUGAAGAAGUUAACGGUAAGACCUUUGCCGAUCAGCCAUUGGAAGUGUUAUUCUCUAAAUUACCAGCCAAGAGAUACCGUAUCACUUUGAGAAACUUACCAGAAGGUUCCUCAUGGCAAGAUUUGAAAGAUUUGGCACGUGAAAACAGUUUAGAAACUACUUUUUCAAGUGUUAAUACCAGAGACUUUGAUGGUACCGGUGCUUUGGAAUUCCCAUCUGAAGAAGCCAUGAAUGAUGGUUUAGAAAAAUUGAACAAUAUUGAAUAUAGAGGUUCUGUCAUUACCGUCGAAAGGGAUGACAACCCACCACCAAUCAGAAAAUCAAGCAGAGGUGGCCACAGAGGUAGAGGUGGUUUCAGAGGCCGUGGUGGCUAUGGUAGAGGUGCUUAUGGCCGUGGUGGCUUCAACAGUCACAGAGGUGGUUACGGUGCCCCAAGAGGCAACUAUAGUCGUGGUGGUUACGGUGCACCAAGAGGCAACUAUAGCCGUGGUGGUUACGGUGCCCCAAGAGGCAACUAUGGCCGUGGUGGCUACGGUGCUCCAAGGGGCAAUUACGGCCGUGGCGGUUAUGGUGCUCCAAGAGGUGACUACGGUGGCCCAAGAGGUGAUUAUGGUGCUCCAAGAGGCGAUUACGGCGCUUCAAGAAAUGACUAUGGUCCACCAAGAGGUGACUUUGGUGGUGCCCCACCUCAAAGAGAAGAUUAUGGUGCUCCAAGAGGUGAUUACGGUCCACCAAGAGGUGAUUAUAGAAUGAGAGAUGGUGCUCCACGUGAAAGAUCUCCACCAAGACAAUAG